UUUUUAUCGACAAGUAAAAAAUUGAAAAACAUUAAGAUUAAAAUGAACCAUCAUUUAGCAGUAUUCGGUGGAACCGGAUUUCUAGGUAGACAUAUUUGUAAAAUAGCAGUUCAAAAAGGCUGGACGGUUACAUCAAUAAGUCGAAAAGGUGUGCUUAAUAAUAAUCAACAUGAUGAUAAUAUUUGGAGCUGGACACAACAAGUAAAUUGGUGUAAAGGCGAUUUAAAUGAUCCAAUUUCUAUAGAAAACCAUGUAAAAAGUGCAACAGCAGUUGUAUAUUCUGUAGGAACCCUAUUAGAAAAUAGAUAUAAGAGUUUUUUAUCUGGAAGAGAUAACAUAUUUUCGCUUUUUCAGUUGUCUCAAGAUGAAGAUUUAAGUUACGACAAGUUAAAUAGAGAUUUUGCAAUUCGUGUAGUAGAUAUGAUAUCCCAGGAAAAUAAAAAGAUACCUUUUGUGUAUCUUUCGGCAGCAAAUACAUUCCCAGGUAUUCCUAGAAGAUAUAUUGAAUCAAAAAGAGAAGCAGAAGAUUAUAUAUGUUCAGCUCAAAAUAUAAGACCUAUUAUUAUGCGACCAGGUCUUAUGUAUUCCAAAGAAAGACCUAUUUCUUUACUCCUUGGAGGAAUGAUCGAUAUUAUCUCUAAUGUUAAUAAGCUAUUUUGUGAAAAAAUACCAUUUAUGAAUGCUGCUGCUGUAAAACCUUUAAAAGUUGAAACCGUAGCAAAUGCAAUAAUUCAAUCCAUUCAUCAAGAAUUCAAAGGUAUCGCUAAUGUAGAACAUAUUGAAAAAUUAGCAUCUAUGCCAUAAAAAACACAUUUAUAAUAUGUGUUUUAUUAAAUAACUGCA